UCAUCUGGCGACUGGGCAUGCAACUUCUAGCAUAACAGCGGCGCUGGUGUUCUGGAGAUUUGUUUUGGUUUUUGGCUGCAGAAAAGUGGCAAAUUUACACAGAAAUGGUGCAAAAAGGCGGUAAUAACAUACUGAAUGCGAUUAAAGGCAUCUACUACAAUGAAUUCCACUGGGCGAUUGUGAAGAGUUACGCGCUGUUCCUCGUCGGGGUUCGCAUUGCCCAGGAAUUGCAGGGUUUUGAAAUAAUGCCACCGGCGCCGAAACUAUAGGAAAUCCCAUCACAGUUCCGGGUAGAAUUUGUUGCGAGUGCAAAUGUUGGAAAAUCAAUAAAGGAGCGGAUAGUCGAGAGUGACCGAAGAAAUUUUGUUAUGCCGGCGGU